UCCUCCUCUCCCCCUGUCUCCUUCUCCUUCUCUGCGGUGCUGCUGCUGCUGCUGCUGCUGCUGCUGCGCUCACUGUCGCCUCUGACUUCAGUGUAGAAGUCCCGGACUUGACGCGUGAUGGCGCGGACUCAUUGAUAAAAAUCUGCAGCUGGGAUUAAAAUGAGCACUCCUGCUGAGCGGCUCUCCUCCUCCUCCUCCUGCUCCCCCUCCUCCCCCUCCCUCUCCUCCAUAUAGCGCUGCCUUCUCUGCACAUGAUCUGUUUUAUGUGACUCAAGCAGGCGGCGCAGGAUGACUACUACCUUAUCGCUGGUGACUUUGUGCGCUUUGGUGGCGUCGGUGUUGGCGUCUAAGACGGAGCGGGCUGUGCUUCUCCCCUGUGAAUCGGGCCAGUACACAAAUAAUGGAGAGUGCUGCAUGGAGUGUCCACCCGGAGAGGGCGUGGUGAGGAAAUGUGGAGCGACUCAGACGGUCUGCGCCCAGUGUUUGGACAGUGAGACUUUUUCAGAGAACUACAGUCACAAGGAGAAGUGCAAGCCAUGCACAGAGUGUACCGGCCUGAUGCGGCUGGAGACGCCCUGCACAGACUCUAACGAUGCCGUGUGCGUCUGCAACUACAACUUCUUCUUCAAUUCCAUGUUUGGCCGCUGCGAGCCCUGUACAUUGUGUCCAGUGGGAGAGGGCGUGUACAGUCACUGUGACCAUGAUCAUGACACGAUAUGCGAGGAGUGUAUCGACAACACCUUCUCUGACCGGGAAAGCUCCCUCGAACCCUGCCUGCCUUGUGCCAUCUGUGAGGAGGAAAUCGAGAUAGAGCUGGCGAAGUGCACACCGAUCAGUGACUCUGUCUGUCACAAUCCCAACCUCCCCACAGAUGUGAUCCCCACGUCUGAUAUGGGCCCCUUUGCACCAUCGUUUGCUUAUUACUUCCCGCCAGAUGGCUCUGACAGCCCAUUGCCAGGUGGAGAGACAACCACAUCAAGUGCUGGCUCUCCCCGCUUCCUCGGCCCUGGCUUCAACGUAAACCUCAUCCCGAUCUACUCCUCCAUUCUGGCUGCCGUGGUGGUGGGCCUGGUGGCUUAUAUCGUUUUUAAGAGGUGGAAUAACUGCAAGCAGAACAAGCAGGCAGCUAACAACCGUGCGGCUACAAAUAACCAGAUGGUGACGCCGGAAGGAGAGAAGCUGCACAGCGACAGCGGUAUCUCGGUGGACAGUCAGAGUCUGCAGGAGCAGCAGCAGCAGCAGGCCCAGGCUGAAGUCCAGUCUCAGCCCUCUCGCUCACACACGCAGGAACAGAUCGUAGUGAGGAUGGAUGGUGGCCGCCAGCCUGACUCACCUCCCCCUGAAGUCUGAGGAGGAGGACGUGGAGGAGAAGGAACAGCUGAAGAGCAGGGAGAGGAGAGCAGGGACCUGAAUCAAGGACCAAAACUGUUGGUGGGGAGACUACACAGAGAAUGUAAAAACUGACUCUGAUUCACACCUGAAGUGGUCACAGAGGAAAGAAAAGACUUGCACGGAGCUCCCAGCACCUCUGGGCCACAGUCUGACUCCCCAUCCCUGCAUAUAGAAUCUGACUCUUAUCUAUCAGUGUGCCUGGACACAACCACUACAGCAAUAUCACUAUCUGUACCAAUGCUCCUGCACACACAUUGCCAUAGAUGUGCCCAUGCAUUUCCAAUUAGCUGAAUACUCCAACGUUGACACAUAACUGACAUAAUUCCUUUGAACUGCCAGCUUAUCCAGCUUUCUCUUUCCCUCUAAUUCCACAUUUGCUUAACCAUUAAAAAAGCAUGUCUACAAAGUAAACAGGCAGAAAGGUACUCCAUUAUCUCAUCUUUUCUUUUCCACCUUUUGUGUCUCACAUAUUCCUUUGUGGCAUCACAUGCUCAGAAAAUCUUCUCUCCCAUGGAUUUACUCUAUUAGAUCCCUGCUGUCAUGCAAAGAGCAGUGGGGGUGGGGGGAGGCUGUGAGUCACAGUGCAACUUCUUCUGAAGUUUCUUGAUCUUUUAUCAUUUAACCAGUGACAUGUUUCAUGGCAAUUUGUUUUGUAAACUAUUUGCAUCUUUGUUUCGAGCUCAACUGCACUUACUGAUGCACUAAGUGACGCAUAUUGGGGGAAGAAAGGUCAAUUACAGUGUAGCCUGCUUUGGUAAACAAAGCAGCGAGAUGCUUGUUUCUGCAGUGCAUAGUCUUUGCCCUUUCUGUGACACAGCCGCUAUCAGGUUUGUGUUUCAGUAAUUUCAUGCUUGUAAUGCCACACACCCAAAUAUUUGUCUACUGUCUGUUGUGCAUUCAUUUCAUUUUGUGGCUUGAAUUACGUGGCUGACUCAGCAGAGUGCCUCCACCAUCAUCCUGGAUGUGCAACACGAGAGCAACAUCUCUGGGCUGUGGAGCUCUGCUUACUCGCCGCGAUGAGUUGAGGGGAAGAGAAGCUAUCUGAUGAGCUGUGACAUCAUUGAUGACCCAGCAUGCAAUUCUGCUCAUAACAUUUAAUCCAGGACUGGAGAAAUUGAAAAAAAACCCCAAAUCCUUCCUAUCAUGAUUUACUCUUACUAAGUGGCGAAUUGGGACAUCCCCUUGAGACUAACACUCCUUUAAUGAUCCCCACCAUUCUACCCACACAUUCUCAUUAUUAUACAGCUCUCUUUGCAUUAUAGAGCCUGAUAAACAGUAUUAAGGUGCUAAUGCAUCGUCACUGGUCUCAUGUCAACAUGGGGCCCAUUAGAGAGACUUCCUGACAGGCAGGUACUAAUUACCUCAGGGUUUAGCUUCAUUUAUCCUCUGCUCCACUCAGUUCAGCCACCUUUCAUCUGGAUUAUUGCAGUGGACUUCAGAGGGGCCACACAGUCCACUUUGAAGCCUCAAACAUCACAGAUCCCUUAUCCACGUCCAAGACCGCUGACAUUUACUACAUUGCCAUGGUGAUAUGAACACACUUAGUCCAGGCUCACUUCUAAGGCUGGGUGACACCUUUUAUCACACAGGGACACACACUUAAGUUUAUCCCACCUGCUGCUUACAGGAAGUGUGAAAGCAGUCAUCAUACAGUAGAUACAUUGUAAAUGAGGUAUACUGUAGCUGAGCUUGCUUAAGUGUUCAUUCCUAUAGGGGCACAAACCUUCUCAGGGUCCCACUUAUGGUAUGAUUAAAAAUCAGAAAGAGAUCCAUAGAGGAUUCCUGUAAACAAACCUGUAAAUGAUUCUGUAGUGUAUGAUAGAGUAUUGGUAGAUAGACAGGUGUAGAAAGAUUUAGGGUUGAUAAGCAUGUCAGCAAAGUCAAUGACAAUUCAGAAACUAGAACAAUUAAAUGCAUAGUUUGGGAAACAUGUUUGUUUUAUUCUACCAAACUCACGUCUGUACAAUAAAUGUAUAAAGGAGACAAACCAGUUGGCUCCUCUGAAAGGUAACACAAUUGCCUACCAGCGCCUCUACAGCUCACAUUAACAUUAAUAUUGUAUUAUCUAGAACAACACAAAAACCAAAGUGAACAACACAACUCGCUGUGUUAUGUAUUGUAUCGAUUGGCUCUUCCAACUCUUUCCAAGAAAGCAAAUACUGCAAGGGUACUGAGUAUUCAUCGCAAAGAUGAGAAGUGUUUCCUUGUCAGCAGAGCUUGUACAUUUAAGUGAGCAAUAGACGGACGAGAAAUGUCAAUUAGGAAGUGAAAGACAAUGAAAGUGAGACAUAAUACGCUGUGUGAUGCUAUUUAAAUUGGUCACAUGGUCAUCAACGCCUCAUCGUCAUCAUGUGAUUCAUUCUUUGUCACUGCUCUGUAUCGUCUACACACACACAACAGUGGAUGAUUCACUCCUCACUGACACUGAGUGGCUAUGAUUCACCCUGAUCCUAGCAGUGACAUUAAAGUAUAUGCUGCUACAGUACUGACCAGAGUGUUGGAAAAUAUUCUAAUUCUGGCCCUGUGGACCAGUUGUCCCUCCACCAACAUACUCAUCUACGCUAAAUCACCUUCUUCUUUCUCUAGCGGCGCGUUUAAGUAACACACACACUAUGUGAGAAUGUACAACCCGAAUAUAAACAGCAAAAUAUGCAAGACACA